AUGGCGGACGCUGAAGACGGUACUUUGCGACCCGCGGGAGCCUCUGCUGCCCCAAUUUCAUUCGGCUUCAGUCGCACGUCCGCCAGGAGACGGCUGGCGGAUCCGGGAGACGACGCGAGUGCGGCUCCGGAGGAGAAGGAUUUCUUAAAGACCGUGGAAGGGAGGGAGCUGCAGAGUGUGAAGCCCUCAGAAACCCCCAAGGAACUCGUCAUCCCUUUGAUCCAGAAUGGCCAUCGCAGGCAGCCACCGACCCAGGCUCCUGGGCCAUCCACAAACACUGAGGCCUUGGUGGAAGGGGUGCUGUCUCAGGCUGUAAAGGAGAUCAUUGAGGACUCCAAGAAGUCCCUGGAGGAGAGAGAAAAUUCGGGUAUCGACCCCAUGCUUGCUAUCCCCAUGAUCCAGAAAGGAUGCAUCCCUAACGGAGAAGGGGCAGACAGCGAACCCCGAGCUGAGACAGUGCCGGAAGAAGCUGAUUACGAGGCAGUCCCUGUAGAGGCCUAUGGGCUGGCCAUGUUACGAGGCAUGGGCUGGAAGCCUGGCGAGGGCAUUGGCCGCACCUUCAAUCAAGUGGUAAAGCCCCGUGUCAACUCACUGAGACCAAAGGGGUUAGGGCUGGGUGCCAACCUGACUGAGGUCCAGGCCCUGGCCCCCACUGGCCCCCACCGCCUGCCAAAGCCAGAUGAGGAGCAAGAGAAGGAUAAGGAAGACCAGCCUCAAGGACUGGUGCCUGGGGGAGCUGUGGUGGUUCUUUCUGGCCCGCACCGAGGCCUCUAUGGGAAGGUAGAAGGCCUCGAUCCUGACAACGUUCGGGCCAUGGUUCGCCUGGCCGUGGGGAGCCGCAUGGUGACUGUUAGUGAGUACUACCUGCAACCUGUCUCACAGCAGGAGUUUGACAAGAAUUCCUUGGAUCUCAGCCAGAUGCGUAAAACUUCCUCAGUGCAACAGAAUGGAACAGCUUCGUCGUGGAAGGCCCUCCGGGAUCAGGACCUCCCCAGCCAGCAAGAGGACUCACAGAGGAAGCGAAAACACCUUCCCGACCGACAGGGGGAGCCUGCUGCCAAGAAUGAGAAGGCAGGUCCCAGGAGCCAGCACUGGUUGCACAGGGACCUACGCGUACGCUUUGUGGACAAGCUGCACAAGGGUGGCCAGUAUUAUAACACCAAGAUGACGAUCGAAGAUGUCCUCAGCCCAGAUACCUGUGUGUGUCGAACAGAUCAAGGCCAGGUCCUGGAAGGCCUGAGGGAAGACAUGCUGGAGACCCUGGUCCCCAAGGUCCAAGGCAACCGGGUUAUGGUGGUGCUGGGGCCACAGGCUGGAAAGGUGGGCCGCCUGCUGGACUGGGACAGAGAACAGAGCCGGGCUGUGGUGCAGCUGCAGAGAGAGAAUCAGCUGGUGGAACUUCACUAUGAUGCUGUCUGCCAGUACCUGGGCCCCAGUGACUCAGAUGAAGACUGACCCAUGGCCCCGUUCCCACCCCCAACGCUGCCACCUGCUCUGUAUGGUGUGGAAAGACAGUCUUCACAAAGGUGGGGAGGUCAUUGUUCCAUCCUCCACUUGCACCUCAGCCCCAGGACAGGGACAGGGCAUAAGAUAGAUGGGCCUGAAGGGAGGCUUGAAACAAACC